ACUCUUAAAUCAUCAGUAAUCUUUGCAAUUAUCUUAUGGGCCAUUCCAUGUUGUGAAGUAGAUACAGAUGUCCGUGCCAUCCUCUUGAAGUCUGCUAAUCAAAUGCAUCGCCACCAUUAUACACCUCUUUCGAAUGCUCAUUAGGCAGAGAGCCAGAAGUCUGUCAACUUUUAACACCCAAUAACAGGAUGCUCAGUUGGGUUCAUUGCCAAGAACUGCCACUGAAAGCUUUCUUUUUUCUGUAGGACACUUUUUUUGUUGUUGUUGUGUGAAUUGUAAUGCAGCUUUUCACGUUCUGUCACAUAAUUUCCUCGCUAUUGAUUUUCACCUGCUUAUUGCUGAGAAAAUCUUGUAACCUGCAGCGAGUGGGUGAAUUACGAGGCCGCGGCCUGACCGACAGACCAACGGAAGAGUAUAUCCCUCCUCUGGCCUCUUGUGGGACCUUACAGGCGAAUUGGCAAUGUCAAGGGAUAAGGAUUUGAGAGUCAAGUGUCGCUGAAUGGGAGCGUUGGUGGUCUGGUUGCAGCUGCCUCGAGAACAAGUGGAAGAAAUGCAGAGACAGCGAGAGUAGCGCGCCCCAUGGAAGUGGACCUCUCCUUACUUUUGUCUUUCAUCAUGCGGGCCAGCCGCUGAAAAGCUUGGCAGAGCCUGUGACUUCAGGCAGCUAAGCUAGCAGCUCCUAGCACUCAGUAUGCAGCCAAAGUGCUGGAAUGACAACGACUCCAUUCAUUGUGGAGGUAGAGGCAAAGGCUGUGGAUCUCUUCUGUCUGUUUUGCAGAAUUGGGGAUACAGAAGAGGAGGGGGCACUUUCCCCAACUUGCAGUACAGCGGAGGAAGUAAGGAUGAGGGAGUGAGAGAGAGAAACAGAAAGGGAGGGAGAAAGAGAGAGAGAGAGAGCGAGAAAGUGCCGUGCCAUGCCGAAUGACUGAAAGAGGCGGAGAGGAAGCAGAACUCCAUCAGAUGAAAUGAGGUGAAAAUAAUUCAGGCAUUAAUCAAGCUUGGCCGAAAGGAGGCUGUUCUUUUAUUCACCCCCCCACCUCUCUCUGUGGAAGCGAACGGAGAGGUGUGAAUGAAGAACUCGAGAGUUAAGACGAGAGAACUACCGGACACUAUCGAAUCAUGUCGGAGUCCAACAGCGGCGCAGCUUGUUUGGCUGAUCAGAAUGGAGCGGUUCCAGGAGAGCCAGUAAAGAAAGAUGAAAACUCCAGAAGGGGAAACUGGGGCAACCAGAUUGAGUUUGUCCUCACCAGUGUUGGCUACGCAGUGGGGCUGGGAAACGUCUGGAGGUUUCCUUACCUCUGCUACAGGAAUGGAGGAGGUGCCUUUAUGUUCCCAUACUUCAUCAUGCUGGUGUUUUGUGGCAUCCCUCUGUUCUUCUUGGAGCUCUCCUUUGGGCAGUUCACCUCCCUCGGGUGCUUGGGAGUCUGGAAAGUCAGCCCCAUGUUUAAAGGUGUGGGCUAUGGAAUGAUGGUGGUCUCGACCUAUAUUGGGAUUUACUACAAUGUGGUUAUUUGCAUUGCAUUUUAUUACUUCUUCAUGUCCAUGACAAACCUGCUGCCCUGGACGUACUGUAACAACCCCUGGAACACUCCUGACUGCACUGGAGUGUUGGGCACUUCACGCGCUAACACCACCUUCGCCAAUGUGUCUGCUGUCAUGUCAGGGUUGACUGAGAUAGUCAACCGCACCAAAAGAACCAGUCCUAGUGAAGAGUACUGGAGGAACUAUGUGCUGAAUAUCUCUGAUGGUAUUGGGAACUUUGGGGAGGUGCGUCUACCUAUCCUGGGCUGUCUUGCUGUAUCAUGGGUAGUUGUGUUCCUCUGUCUUAUUCGAGGAGUCAAGUCAUCAGGCAAGGUGGUGUAUUUCACAGCAACCUUCCCUUAUGUGGUGCUGACCAUUCUCUUCAUCAGAGGAAUCACUCUGGAAGGAGCCGUCAGUGGUAUCAAAUACUAUUUGACCCCUCAGUGGGAGAAAAUUCUAGAUGCCAAGGUAUGGGGGGAUGCUGCCUCUCAGAUUUUCUAUUCACUGGGCUGUGCCUGGGGUGGGCUUAUCACCAUGGCAUCAUAUAACAAGUUCCACAAUAACUGUUUUAGAGACAGUAUCAUCAUCAGUGUAACGAACUGUGGUACCAGUGUGUAUGCUGGCUUUGUUAUUUUCUCCAUCCUGGGAUUCAUGGCUCAUCAUCUUGGGGUGGAUGUGUCAGAGGUGGCCGAUCAUGGGCCAGGCCUUGCAUUUGUGGCCUACCCGGAAGCCCUAACAUUGCUGCCCAUAUCACCACUCUGGUCCCUGCUGUUCUUCUUUAUGCUCAUUUUAUUGGGGCUUGGUACUCAGUUCUGUCUACUGGAGACUCUGGUGACGGCUGUAGUAGAUGAGAUUGGAACUGACUGGAUUAUCAAAAAUAAGACCUAUGUCACACUGGGAGUGGCUAUAAUAGGAUUCCUCCUGGGAGUGCCGCUGACCACACAGGCAGGAAUAUACUGGUUGCUGCUUAUGGACAACUACGCUGCCAGUUUCUCUCUGGUCGUCAUCUCUUGCAUUAUGUGCAUCUGUAUAAUGUAUGUCUAUGGCCACAAGAACUAUUUUAAGGAUGUGGAGAUGAUGCUAGGCUUCCCUCCUCCAAUCUUCUUCAGGAUCUGCUGGAGAUUUGUGUCGCCUUUCAUUAUUACUUUUAUUCUGAUUUUCACGGUGAUACAGUACAAGCCUAUUACCUACAAUGACUAUGUAUACCCCAGCUGGUCAUUGGUCAUUGGGUUUGCCAUGGCUUUGUCUUCAGUCAUCUGUAUACCUAUCUAUGCUCUGUUCAAGAUUGCUAUGUCUGAAGGAUCCACAUUUUUAGAGCGUUUGAAGAACUCCGUGAAGCCUGACCCAGACUGGGGCCCGGCUCUCCAGGAGCACCGCAAGGGCCGAUACGCCACUACAGGCCCUGAGUCAGUGGAGGUGUGCCCUCUCAAAGAAGACCUGAAGGAUGAGGGUAAGGAGAAACUCAAGGAGACAGAGGAUGAGAUCGGUUUGACCAUCCCAGGAAGCAACGGCUCCACAUUAAACCCCUCACCAAGUGCAUAGAGGAGCCCCUCCCCACCCUCCCCCCAGGACGGUUCCCAUUCCCACACUGCGGGACAGGCCACUCUCGCUGGAGACCUUUACAUAUUGUAAGGGCUUUAUGAAAUCUAACCUCUAGAGAAAUUGGUUGUCAUCCAAAACCUUUUUCUUUUUGUUCACUUAAUUUAAUACUGCAGUUAAAAAAAAAAAAGACAUUCAUAUACAGGAGGUGUUUGCAUACAUGCAGUGUGUAUAUAGCACAUUGUACAAUAUUUUCACUCAGUGUUGAGUAGUCUGGAAAUGUGACUGUAGCGGCAGCAGGAGCUACAGUGGGACUUGGCUCGUGUGUAUAGUGGCGGCAGUGCUGGUCAGGUUUAAUAGCUGGAGACCAAAUAUUCUUUGUGGCAAUGUUGUAAUGGCACUGUUAAAUGUAGUGUUAUUUUCAGUUUCUUGUUCGGGGACCAUCUCAUUCACAAGCCAUUAUGGGGUUUUCAAUGGCCAAUGUUGGUAUCUGAGAGCAGGGUGGCUGAUGGUCAAUGUAAUGCCAGUACAUGAUAUAAUGCAUCUUAUAUGACCUUUUAACACCAUAAUAACUCAAAAUCCACCUAAAACUACAAAACAGAAAGUCUAUUAUCCAUUGACUAGAUUUCCAGUAAAUUUUGAAGCUUACACUUUUGUUAACCGGCCAAGUAGACUGGCUGAUACCGAUAAGCAUAGGCCAAGAAAAUAUCAACUUUAUUUCCAUUUAAGUGAGAGCACAAAUACAAAACAAAGGAUAUUUGGUCUUAAGCUCUUACUGACUGAGGUAUCUGGACCGAGGCAUGUAACUUCUCAAGCCCAUUCUCAGGGUUACACACAAUUUGCUUUUUUGCAAAACAUUUUCCAACACCUUGAGAUGAUUUAUUGCUUAUGUUGAGUUUUUGACAUGAAAGGAGAGGGGUUUUCAUAUAGGAACUUCCACAUGAAAUGGCAAAUCUGUCUAGUCUUCCGGGCAUCUCGAGCCGAGGCAUCUCCUGAGCGAGGGGAGCAUGUGUGCGAUAACAGAAGAAGCUAGUUCCUCAUUAGAUUCAGUACUGUAGUAUGCACACUAACCCCGCUCUACACGGAAAAAGAGGCAUGUUACCAAAAACGUGCACAGACCUUUGUGUUCUGAUUUAGUUGGUAUGUUUGUGUUUGUGUGUAUUUUUUGUUGUCUAUGUGUGUUAAGAGACUUGAACUGGUGUGUAUGUGUCAUUUAAAGGCAUCUGGCUGUGCUGAGCUGAAAGGUCGUGUCGUCGAACAAUGAAAAACGACGUAACUCAAGGUUGCAUGUGGAACGACCAGAAGUAAACGUAGCAUCAGUCAAAAAUCACUGUGGUUAGUUAGUGAAAUUGUUGGGGAAGUCAGCUUUUUUGGCCUAGUAUUUUAAAACAACAUUAAAUAGACUUGCUAGACAAAUAAAAGUUCAAACUAUCCAAUUUUUACUUUAGAAACCACAGCAUUUUAUUGUGAUGUGGUGCAUUCUGUUUCGUUUUGGUUUUGUAGAGAGGGAAUAUACUGGUAUGGAGAAUUUUGGUCAUAUUGUUGGUAUGGCUAGAUGCCGCAUAUCUUAUCAUUCCAUUGACAUUUCAACAAGGCCCCUUAUGAUGCAUACGGUUGUAGUGGCACAUAAACAUGGAUGAAGAAUCCUGGUUACACUGUGAAUUUGUCUGGGAUGUCGCCUGACGCCUUUUCACAGGAAGUCUGGCAAUGCAGCUGCUAAUGUGCUGACGCAUCACGUAUAGAGACUUCUGAUUAAACAGUGAAUCUCUGUAUAUAGUCAAGACAAAAUAGUUUAUUUGGUAUUUCUCUCCUGUGUUGUGCGAGGAGAAAUGCAAUAUGUGACGUGCUCCUUCAUUUUGAGUUGGAAUGAGGCAAAGAAAUGCUUUGUUGCAUUAAUUUUGAUAAUACGAAGUCUGAUAAUACAAAGUCUCAGCUUUAAAAUUAGCUUAAUUUAAUCAUGAAAUUCGAACAUGUCAUUUUUAUGUCAUAGAUCGCUAAAGCUGCCUCAGCGUAAAGGCAGCAUGGAGCGCGAGCGAACUGAUCAUUGCUUUUCUUUACUACUAGUUAUAGCACAAACAAAACAAAUGAACGUCAGAAGGUAUGUUGAAAGAACUUAAUAAAUUUGUCGUCUCUCAUGUAACCGUGUUGAAACGUGAACAGCUUGUGAAUAACGUUACGUAAUGUUAUCUUUCCCUCAGGAAAGUCAUUGUGUCCAUUGCUAAAAAAAAACCUUAGAGAAGAGCGUAUAAAUAUAUGCACUGUAAACAUGUAAUUGAUGUCUUAUUUAGCGUAAACUUGAAUAAAUCUCCAGAUUCUAUCAAAAAAUGUCUGAGAAUUGUUGGGAAUUUAGAUUUCAUUUUCCCACAAGUUUUUAUGACAGCACCAUUUAAUUUGAUUUCCGCAACAAAUUAUAAGCAAUUAUGUUUUUGAAAGUUUUUUGAUAUUUGUUGAUAUUAUUGUUCUUUCACUGAAUAAAACUGUGCCAAAAUGACUCAAAAUGAUGGAGCAGGUCACAGAUAAAGUCAGUAUUCAAAAACCUGAUGGCAUAAUAGUCUACGUCAUUGUUAUUUGUACAUUUUAUUAAUCUUUGCAUGAAGGUAUAUAUAUAUAUUUUUAAGAUUUUAUCCAAAAAUAUACAAAACACAAUCUAACUUUAAGAAGUAGGGAAAAAAGAGAGUAGAAUAAAAGUAACCCUGCUGCCUAACAGGAGGUAUUGGACACUCAGGGGAGUAGUUAGAGGUUCACUGGUCUUAGCACAACCGUACCUGCAGGUCACAAACUCUAGCUUUUCCUCUGUUAGACAGUUAGUGCAGUAGAUUAGAGCAGCAGUUUAGGUGACGUGAGACUAACAGCACUUUUAUUUACUGGUUCACUUUAGCUGGCUACUUGCGCAGUAGCUGCAGUAUGAUUAAUCGCUGUCGGAAAUGUGAAUGCACAAGAUUGAAGCCCUCUCAUUUUUCUUGAACGUGGCAUGAAGACCAUGUGUCUGUCUCUAGGUACUGCGAUGCUGACCUUGACAUGCAAACUCUUUUUAACAAUAGACACGUUAUGCAUCAGUGCCGUUCUUGCACUGUUCCCCACCUCCCUCCGUUGUACAGUAAUGUAAAAAAAAAAAAAGAGAUAAAAAUUCAACUGAUGUGUAUGUUUGUGUUUUCUGUUUUUAUCAUGGUGGGUUGCUGUAGUGGGGUUUAUUUUUUAGUUGUGUUUAUUUUAUUUCUUAUUGUAACGUAGCUAAUGUUAUGUGUACAGAGUGUUCUGUGCAGUGGACGUUCAACUGCUGAGUCAAACCUAGUUUAUGUUAGUGUCGCUAUUGAUGUCAUGUAAUUUUAAUCAGUAUGUAAUUAUCCGUUUUUGCCAUUUAACAAGUAGAAUCUACCUUUGUAAGAGACCUUUCCUUUUUAUUUUUAUUGUACUAAAACUGUAUUUUACCAUAAUUUUUUAGCUAUGUUCAGUGACACUACAUUUUUCCUCAAGCCAGCUGAUCUCAAACUCAUUGCCAAACCAAGGCUUUUUAUUGAAACUUGGAAAAAAUACUGAAAUGCUUUUUACAUCAGCGUCUGGUCAAACAGAAAUUGUUUAUUGAUGAAGGACACAGUCUAUAGCCAACAAUGUUAUAUCUUCAUCUCAGUAUUGUACACAAGUGUAUUUGUAGUGCUGCAAACCCUUUAAGAGCAUUUCUGUCGACCUGUGAUCCAGUUUCAUGUAUUAUGCACGAUGGAAAGGAAACAGAGAAAGCACAAUUGAUUACCUGGACACAUGCCGAUCUUUGAAUAUUUUUGAAAUGCAUUUAAAACGAUUGAAAAUCAUUAAAAAAUUGAAUAAUGGAAUUUUACUUGGGUAUAUUAAGAUAAUUUUUCUGGGAAGAACUGAACACUUUUAAAUGGACAUUGCUCCUAAUUUGGCCUGGAUAUUACAAAAACCUCUAGGUCCAAGAUGGAAAUAUCCACUGAGCACAGUUUUAUUGCUGUAAUAAAACUAUAAACAGAAUCAACGUAUCUAAACGGAAAUGGUGAAUUCUUUUGGUUAAUGUCAACAGUGUCAUGUAUUUUCAUGUUACGAUACUUUAAAAAUAUGUUUGAAAGCAACAGAAAAUAAUGCAAAAAUAAAACGUUCCUCUCCCAUGUCCUGCAUCCUAAAAGAAGCGAUGUCUUUACAAUAGUGUGUACGUACUUCUGUGCUCAUGGCAAUAUAAAACUGAAGUAGAAUGACAUGAGCUCAGUACUUUAUCAAACAUACAGUAUCUAACCAUGUGUCUUUUCAAUUUUAGGGCCAAACUGCAUUGAAAUUGUCUUAGUCGUGUCAGCUGUAAACUGUUCAAUUUGAAAUGGUAAAUAAAGUUUAUUUUAAAGAUCA